UCCACACUGCGUUUUCUCGUCGGUGAUGAUGUUGAGCAUCUCCUCCUCCUCAUUAUUAUCAUCGUCGUCGCCGAUCUUCAUCAUCUCGUAGCCUCCUCUCCUCCUCCUCCAAUCUCCGCCGCACAACAGAACGAAUCAAACCGUCCCCGGCGGAGGAAGAGAUGUACGUCACGGCGGCGCGACCGACGGAUCUGAAUCGGAACACGGAGUGGUUCACCUACCCAGGCGUUUGGACCACCUACAUUCUCAUCGUCUUCUUCUCUUGGCUCAUCGUCCUCUGCCUCUUCUCUUGCUCUCCUGGCAUGGCCUGGACCAUCGUCCACCUCGCUCAUUUUCUGGUUACCUACCAAUUCUUUCACUGGAAGAAGGGAACACCGUUUGCUGAUGACCAAGGUAUCUACAAUGCGCUUACUUGGUGGGAGCAGAUCGAUAAUGGCAACCAACUCACUCGAAACAGAAAAUUUCUAACUGUUGUGCCUGUUGUGUUAUAUUUGAUAGCUUCACAUACAACAGACUAUCAAAAUCCGAUGCUCUUCUUCAACACGUUAGCAGUUUUUGUGCUGGUAGUGGCAAAGUUCCCAAACAUGCACAAGGUUCGUAUAUUUGGAAUCAAUGGUGAUCUCUGAUCUCUAAAAGAGCAAGGCUGACUUCAGUUUUAUUGGUCUAGUUUAUAUUGGCAAUCAAAUUUAAUCGUAUAUCACUGUUGAUGUGAAACUGGAAACAGUAUUAUUUUUUGAAUGAAUCAAAACUUAUACCUGUCCUGCACUCUCAGUUGCACAAUA